GGUUUCAGUUCCCAGGUGGGAUUAGUCAGACAAACCUACUGAUGGUUGGACCUGAGGAGCUAGUUGAAGGCCUGGGCCAGUCCUGGGACCCAGAGUCCUCACCCUGGGCUAGCCCAGGUCAUGGUCAGCAGGCAGUGGCACAGGUGGUCUUGGUCCAUGAAGGAUUAAUAUGUGAGGGGUGGGACCCUGACCUAGCCUUCUCUCCUCAUCAGCCCUGUGGGAUGAGAUGGGGGUUAGGGAUGCCUUCCUCCUAUUCUGCGUCCCUCCCAUCUACAAAGCUUAGAAUGUUGUGUGUGGGGGUGUGUGUUGGUAAUUGAACUUGCUGGGGCGAGAAACCAGAUGAUCUUUUAACCUUGAAUCUUUGAGCCCUGGUGAGCUCUGCUUCCACGGCUGGGAGUUUGAGUGACUCCAACUGCAACAGGAACUAGGCUAUGUGGGGUGGCAGGAUGGGUGUAGAAUGGGGAGGGACGGACCUGUAGGAGAGAAAGGAGAGUCCACAGCCCCAGUCUGGAGCCAGGGAUGUCCAGGAGUAUAGUAUAGGACUUGAGUGAGGGAGGUGGUGGCCAGGAGCACAGAAACUGCACAGGCCCAUCCUUCAGAGCUGGACAGGAAACAUCCCCCAGUAGGGUGGAGAUUCAAGGGACAAGGGGAAGUGGCUGGUUGGAUCACAGAUGGAGGGUUUUGACUCCCAUUGAAUCACCUCUGGGCCUUCCCUAGAGCCUGAGACUGAACAUGGGCUCCUGUGGCUCCCUCCUUCCUGACACUUUUAGCCUGAGUUGCAGUGGACCCUGUCAUGGGCUAGAUGCUGGGAAUAAGAUGGUGAACACACAAGAUCUAGAGCCUGCCCUCUGGGACCUUACGGUCGAGGAAGGGGAGACAAAGUUGAAAGAGCGACCAAACUCCGUGCAAAACCACAGCUGAGAUGGGUAGUAUGAGGCAGAAGGCUCUGUAAUUUGCAAGUAUAUAACAGGACUUUGACUUAGCCUGGGCAAUCAAGGGAAGCUUCCCUGAGGAGGUGACCAGUGACCUGGGUUGUCAGAUGGAGGGAUGGUCACCUGUGAAGCCCUUAAGGGCUGGGGUUGUGAUUCAUCUUUGGGCCUUUGGGACCCAGCAACAAGUCUGGCACAGAAUAGGUGCUUCUUGGAGGUUUGCUGAUGAAAUGAAUGAAUGAGCCUAGAUCCGUGUCCUGGAAGAACAACAUAGCACUUGGAGUAAAAGGCCUGGGAAUCCCAGGGAAGCAGGAAGCCUGAGGGAGCUACGGGAUUCUUGAAGCGGUCUCUCAAAAGUGAGCAGAUCGUUCAGGACCCAGGUGCCAUCCUCCUUCACUUGCACAUAUACACACACAGGCACACACAGAUACACGCAGACACACUCCCUGUGGGAAUUGUACAAGGAUGGUAGGUUACUGUCCUUUUUCUCAUUCGUUGUGACCGUGAGGAUCCUGGGAGAGAGUGGAGAGGGAAUCCAAUAGAGACAUGGGGGCUCUGCUGUGCGGGCUGGAAAGAAGGUUUUGAAAUGGGCUGAGCCUGGACUGGUUUGUAGGUUUGUGUCAGCUGUCUGCAGUGAGAGGGCCGGCACUGGAGGCAAGCGAGACCAGAGGCCAGUGAGGAGGUGGCUGUGGUCAUAGCUCCACUCCACUGAAAGGGGAAGUGGUCCCCAGCUGUGUAGGUGGAAUGGAGGGACAGUCAAGGCUGACAGUCCCAAAGUUUGUGUUCUCAUGCCUCUGCCUCCAGGAAGCCUUCCCCGAUUGCCUUCCCCUUCCUCCAGGGCCUCCAGUCUGUUGGUGGUCUUGGAGUUCCAUUCUACACCAGAAUCUGCCACUCAAAACUCCAAAGUAAUCAGUGCGGGAAAGUCCUCUAGGCUCGGUGAAGUUUGGGCAUGGUGGGAAACUGAGGCCACAAGAGGUCUCAGCCCGGAGGGCACCUUUUGCAAACAUGUCUGUGGAUCCCUUAUCCAGCAAAGCCCUGAAGAUCAAGCGUGAGCUGAGCGAGAACACGCCGCAUCUGUCUGACGAGGCGCUGAUGGGGCUGUCGGUGCGCGAACUGAACCGGCACCUGCGCGGGCUCUCCGCCGAGGAGGUGACGCGGCUCAAGCAGCGACGUCGCACGCUCAAGAACCGUGGCUACGCGGCCAGCUGCCGCGUGAAGCGCGUGUGCCAGAAGGAGGAGCUGCAGAAGCAGAAGUCGGAGCUGGAGCGCGAGGUGGACAAGCUGGCGCGCGAGAACGCAGCCAUGCGCCUGGAGCUCGACGCGCUGCGCGGCAAGUGCGAGGCGCUGCAGGGCUUCGCGCGCUCUGUGGCCGCUCGCGGGCCCGCCGCGCGCGUGGCGCCAGCCAGCGUCAUCACCAUCGUUAAGUCAGCCCCGGCCCCCGGGCCCGUGCCGGGGCCGGGCCCCGCCUCCGCCCCCGCCCCCACCCCCGGCCCCUCCCCCGCAGCCUGCUCCUAGUGUCCGCCUCGCCCCGCCCGGCCACGCCGCACUUCCAAGCCACACCCCCCACCCCACCCCGCCGCUUCCUUCCCAAAGUGCCUAAGCGUGGUCUCGUCCCCAGGUGCCAUUUCUCUGUAGCCACCAGCCCCGUGGUGAGCACAUGAUUCCUCCCGAGCCUGUUGUCUUCCUGUUGUGGCCCCUGUAACUGGGUCCUAAUAGGUGGCCUUGGGGUGAGACAACUUGGGUGGGAACGGUGGGGUGGUCUUGAAGUCUGGGGUCUCUUUUGGCUGAACAGUCCAGCCGUCUUAGACUGGGAUGGUGGGAUACAGAGUGGAUUAGAGAGAAGGGCUGUCCGGGAGGAGAGGGCCACCCCUCAUUUUGUAAAGUGUCUGCUCAGAUCGUGUCCUAGCCCCUCCGAACCCUCCCAGGAUUCGGGACUAGGUUUGGCUCCCAUAUGUGUCUCCUGGGACUGGAGGCUAAUGUGCCCCGCCUCUGCGCUGGGCCCAGCGGUGCCUGGCCUUCCAAAGCUGGGAGAAUCGUCAGACAUCACUAGUGAGGGCCAGUUAAGAGAUAGGGAAACAGGCCUCCAGCGGACAGGCCAGUGCUCAAGGCCAUCUGUGUUUCGUGGCUGAGCUGGAAAAGCCAAGCUGCCCUGAGGUUCCAUCCGCGUUUGUCAGGGGCAUUGUGGACACAGACUGGAAGGGAUGAUGGAAGGGCCUCCCUGGCCUGGGAGCUGCCUCUGUGAGUUAGGGGAAGAGAAGUAGAGGGCCGGAGAAGGUGAUAAGGAUGGAAGAGGUAGAAGGAGCUGGCCAGCCAGAGAGAAAGAGGACCAAGGAGGCCACCAUUGACUGUGGCAGGCGGGAAGAUAAGACAGAUGCUGAGGUCUCGCAGUCCUGAGAAGGACCAUUGUGGCUUGAGGGGUGGCCACUGCCACUGAUUGCCAUUCUCCUGGGGAGUCCAGCCCCAACCCUCCUGCCCUGUAUACAGCUGUUUAUUUAUUGCACGAAUUUUAAGUUAUUCUCCCCAGCCGGAAACCUAGCACCCACUGCCUGGGAAAAGUGGUGUGUGGCCCUGUGCUGGACUUUAUAUUUUAUAUCUGCAAAUAAAUCACAUUUUAUCUUAUAUUUAGGGAAAGCCGGAUGACAACCACCCAAAAAAUGCUUAAAAAAAAAAAAAAUUGACCCGGCCCCCAGAAUUUAUUUAUUUUCUGACUUACAGUAAGCGAGUUAUCCGCCUUCUGUAUUUUGUAGACUUUCUGAAUAAAAGUCAAAUUCUCUUUUUCCACAGUGA